AUGAAGCUUUCAGUAGCUGUCCUUUCUGCUGUUUACGCUAAGAGAGAACCAGAUGCCGAUCGUCGCCUCGAGAAAAUCAGAGGAAAAGCGGCUGACUUCAAAUCUUUCGCAGAAAACAAUCAUUUCGUAAGCGCAAAGCGUCUCGUCGCUCUCAACGAUCGAGUUGAUCGACUAAUCGCCGACGUCGAAUCCAUCAAUGUCUCUGCUUGCCCCGUUCCCGGAGUAGAAGAGGGCAAAUUCGCCGAUGAAGAGGACUUCAGCGAGCUCUGUGAUGCUUCGGGCAAGUUUCCGUCGAUGGUCCGCUCCUAUGCUCGCACGUUCGGCUGCCAAGAUGGUUUCAAAAGGAAGAACUUCCUAAAUAGACUCGUCAAUCGAACUCACAAGUUGAAGAAAAAAACGAGAAAAGCUGCUAGAUGCGAGGCUCCUGCCCCAGUCACAACAGCAACUACCAUCGUCACCGGCACUCCACACACCGAAGCUCCAAUGCUUGAAAUGUGCGACAAAGACCACCACGCUGUUUGCGAGCCACUGACCAAUUCCGAAAUCUACUUCGAGAAUCAGUGGACCUGCAGAAACUGCUUCCGAGUACGAGCGACUUACGGCCAAAACUCAGGCUUCAAAUUCAACCCGGCAAAAGGCGAUUUCGUAAGCGUUCGAUUUACCGAACCGGUCAUUUGGCAAACAUUCAACCAUCCAGUCGAAAAGGUGACCGAAGUUGGUGAUGAUAACACAUGGAAGAUCGAUUUUAAACAUGACGGAAAUUUCAUGAGCGGAAUGAUCUUCGAGGGAAAUCUGCAAACCUCAGAUGACGAUCUUCACGUUGACGGAAACUGGAUCAUUGAGGCGGCUGAGCAAUGCAAAUGCAAAGAAGGUCCCCCACCACCACCUCCAUGCUCACUUUCAGAUCCCUGCGAAGGCAAACCUGACUGUGAGACCUUCAUCAACGCCUGCGCCGAUAACGGUGAGUUCCACGAGGUUGAAUACAAUCCGUCCUGCACUCCAGGAGAAUGGAAUACAUACACUGUCGCUCAAGAAUACGUCGACAACGUGCUCGAGCUUUCCAUCUCCGUCAACGGAGAAGUUCUUGGAACACACGUUGUUCCAGCUGAUAAUGCUUUCGAAGGAGAACUUUUCGUCGAAGUCGCAGGCGAUUACCAUCCUGCUGCUGAUACUUUCAAAGUGCGAAAUUUCUACCAUCAGAAACUUCAAGAGCCAACUGGCCGCUGCGACGCACCAGUUGAUCCAUGCGAUGGUGACGAUUCCUGCGACGCACUCGUUGAUAACUGCCCGAUUAGACCCAUGUGGUCUAAUCUUCUCGGAGAAGUCGAUGGUGAUGCUGUUUACUCAGCAUCCGUUGAUGUUUUCUGCAAGAAAACUUCUGGACACGGCUGGCAGAACGUCGUACAUAUGACGCAGGGCACCAACCGGGAUCAAUUCGGUGAUCGAUAUUUGACGAUUUGGCAACACGCUGAUGGACGACUCAAACUCAACGGUCCACUCAAGGGCAACACUGAAUUCCACGAAGUUGAAUACUAUGUCGACUGCGAUGACAACUCGUGGACAAACAUUGCUAUUGCUCAGACUCAACUUGAAGGCGGUCUUUUGGAAUUGAGCAUGUAUCAGGACGGCGAUCUUCUUGGCUCGCACCGUCUUCAUUCCAGAGAUGCAUACUCUGGUCCAAUCAAGGUGUAUGCUUCGAAUCCGUUCAUGCCUCCCGCCGAAUUUUUCAAGAUUCGAAAUUUCGUCCAUCGAUCUGCUCCAUAUGAAGAUAACUGCCAAGGAGGACAUGCAGACAAAAUUAGAAUUGUCGCACCUGCCUUUGACAAUCCGAAUUAUGAGCUCAAUGCUUACGUUGACUGCGCUCCAGGAUGGCACACAUUCACUGUCCAGCAAUCAAAACUCGACCAACACCAAAUGAAUCUCGAGAUCAUUUUCGAUGGAGAAGUUGUCGAAUCUCAAGCUGUUCACAAAAAUGAUCUUUACGACGGUCAAAUUUUCGUUGAUGUCUCUAACGAAUUUGCUUGGCCAGCUGCAUACGAUCAUCUUGUUAGAAAUUUCUACCAUCAAGACAUUGCUUGUGCAGAUCCCUGCUUUGGAAAAGAGAAUUGCGAGACGAUUGUUAACGAAUGCGAGAUCUUCCCGGCCCGAAACCAGCAGCUUACAACAGUUGAAGCGUCUUUGAACUUUAAGACUUCAGCUGAUGUUCUUUGCGACCAUGAUGUAAUUAGUGGCCAAUACACAAAUAUUCUUCAUAUUACCGGCGGUGGUAAUGUUGGCGAAGUUGGUGAUCGAACAUUUGGUAUCUGGCGACGACCAAACGAAAAUAAACUGCACCUAACUGUCAAUGAUCCAGCUCAUGGAAGUCAUCAGAAGACAAUUAAUGUAGAUUGCAGGCAAGAGGGUGAUCUGGAGGUUUUCAUUUCUGAUGAUUUCUAUGAUUCCGCAACACUUUAUUCUGUUCGAAAUUUCUAUCAUCAGACUUUCGAUGAGCUCGAACCUCUUCCCUGCGAUUCUACUGAUCCCUGUGAUCUGCUUGAUAAGUGUACUACAAUCGUCGAUAGCUGCGCAGUUUCUCCAGUCCGCAAUACUGAAAAAGCUACUUUGACCGCUUCCCUAAAUUACAGAAUCUCAGCAGAUGUUCUCUGCAAUAGCGUCUCAGAACUUGAUGGGCAGUAUAAGAACAUUCUUCACGUCACUGGCGGAGGAAAUGUUGGGGCAGCUGGAGAUAGAACAUUCGGAAUCUGGCGACGACCUAAUGAGCACAAGCUUCACCUUACUGUCAAUGAUCCAAACUCUGGAGGUCACCAGAAAACGAAAAAUGUUAACUGCAUCAACGGAGAGUGGAACACCUAUUCAGUCGAGACAGAUUUUGCGGAAUGCCACCAUUCUUCAAUUUGGGCCUCAACUUUCCUUCCAUUCGAAAAGACGGCCGUUCCUAUCGACCGAACGCUUGAACGCGCCGUCGAAUCCAACCCAAAAAUGACCCCUGAGAAGGUGGCGGAUCAACUCGAAGCUGAGCCGAUUAUUCGCCCAAAACUUCAAUUUCUUCAGCCGCUGAUGUUCGCUGUCCUGUUUUAUCUCUUUGCUGUCAGAAUUCAACAACUCAAACAUCUAAGCAGACUCGAACAAGAAAAUCAAGAAUUUAAUGCACUGACAGACGACGAGAAACGAUCUUUAUUCGAAACAGAUGAAAACUACACUUUCUACCGAAGCAUUUUGGAUCUUUAUUUUGGAACUUGCUUCACUGCUCUUGUUUUCUUUCGUCUUGCUGCUCUUAGGCGCUUCACAAUUGCUAAGCAAGCCUGGUUCUGUGGAAAAACGGGAGUGACCACAGUUCGAGUUCAAUCAGUAUCCAUCGCUGGCAACGCACCAACUUACAUCAACAUCCCUCCCCAUUCGACCGACUUCGUCAUCACUGCCGACCUCAAUGAGAUCCAAAAUAUUCCUGCUCUGAAGCAAGAGCCAGAAAAUACUGUUGAUAAGAUUUUGCAAAAACUUAUUCCAAACAACAAGAUAAGCAGCUCUGCAAUCGGAGACAAUGGAGGACUAGCGCUAGUUUUUCCAUCUUGCUAUCUUGAUAUGGGCGCUGCUUUCGGCUCGUUGGAGAACUUGACAGUUAUCAUAAACGGGGAAGUGGCCCAGACGAUGCAUGAAAAGGCUACGGAAACUAAGCGUUUUUCUGAAACUGCGUUUGGUGCUAAAUUUAUUCGGGAGACAGCAAAACUGUGA